AUGUCCUGGGAUGAAAUUUUUCACCCAGACAGACCACGUAAAGUUGCUGACCUCCUCUGGAAAAUAGCACACAACUCCCUACCCCUUGGCCACCCAGUGGCAAUGGUAGCCAUGGAUGGCCCCUACUGCCCCUGGUGUCCCAACACCCUCAACAACAUACCCCACCUCUUCUGGAACUGUCCAACCUCAAUUGAG